GAGCUUCUGCCUGGGGGGUAACAGUAAGCAGCUGCCGAGCUCCCAGCCGGGCACCGGGUUCCUCUCUUUGCUGGGUCAUGGAUCCCAACCGAUCGCUUUCCUUGAGAAUACUUCUGUUUCUCUCCCUGGCUGUUGAGUUGAGCUACGGAACAGGUACAGGUAUGAUGGACUGCCCGGUGAUUCUCCAGGAGCUGGGACGUGACACAUGGCUGGCCCUGACAAAUGAACAUCAGAUUAAUAAGAGCGCGAACACAAGCAUCCGCAUCCUUGUCACGAUGGCAAGGUCUCCAGGAAGCAAAACCAACAAGAAAAUAGUGUCUUUUGAUCUCUCGAAAGGGGGCUACCCAGAUCACCUGGAGGAUGGCUACCAGUUUCAAUCCAAAAACCUAAGCCUGAAGAUCCUAGGGAACAGGAGGGAGAGUGAAGGAUUGUACUUCGUGACCGUGGAAGAGAACGUGUCAGUCCAUCAUUCCUGCACGCAACUGAAGCUUUAUGAACAGGUCUCCACUCCAGAGAUUAAAGUGCUAAACAAAACCCAGGAGGAGAAUGGGACCUGCCACUUGCUGCUAGCCUGCACGGUGAAGAGAGGGGAUAAUGUGUCUUACAGCUGGAGUGAUGAGGCAGGUACCCGUCUGCUAAGCCAAGCCAACCGCUCCCACCUCCUGCACCUCAUCCUUAGCAACCAGCAUCAGGACAGCAUCUACAACUGCACAGCGAGCAAUCCGGUCAGCAGUCGCUCUCGGACCUUCAACCUAUGGCAGCAAUGCAGGCCAGAAUCCUACUCAGAAUCGAGUCUGUGGCUUCCGUAUAUUGCUGCACCAUUAGGGGUCAUCAUAUUUGUCAUCCUGGUUUCCACAGCAACAGUAUUGGUGAAAAGAUACUGGGCUCCCAGUGGUAAACCAAAUCACUGCCAGCCACCUGUAGAAGAAAAAAGCCUUACUAUCUAUGCCCAAGUACAGAAAUCAGGGCCUCUAGAGAAGGAACUUCAUGAUGCCCUGACAGAUCAGGACCCCUGCACGACCAUUUAUGUGGCUGCCACAGAGCCUGUCCCAGAGUCUGUCCAGGAACCAAACCCCACCACAGUUUAUGCCAGUGUGACACUGCCAGAGAGCUGACCCAUAGACCCAGUGGAAGGACUUUUUGAAGGAGGAUAGAAGAAUGGAAAUCCACACUGAACUGGGCCCCAGGUCCCAAGUUCUCUGUGGCAGAAACUGCACAUCUGUACCCUUCUCCAAUCAGUUCCCUGGUAAUGGAUCUGCACAGACGUGCCUGCGAAGUCGAUGAGGAAGUGAGGCUUCUGGGGCGUGUAGCCUGCUCUGCAGCUGGUACGGAGGUUCCUCAUAUGGCAUUCCAUCAGUUAAAAUGCAUAACGUGAGUCCAGGCAUCUCACUCUUUGCCUGGUUCAAUAACAGAACCCAAAGACAACAACAACAACAAUAACAACAACAAACAAGGACAUAGACUAUCUCAGAUGGCUGAGCACAAGGUACAGGGACUGGAGAUGUUUUCAUUUUGACUCUCGGUACUUUACUCUGGAAGCUGAUCCUGACCACCUCAAGACCAAGGGCUCUGUGCCUCAGUUUCUCUCCCACCCUCUAGAUAAAGAGGGAAGAAAACAUAAAGAAUGAAAUCUUUGUUGUCUGAGAUCAUUCUAUAAAAGAACCGAUAUUUUAUCUGCAAAACGCAAGCUAGUAAAACUCAGUAGACUUGAAGAUGAUUUUGGAGCCUCUUAAGCUUCAGACAACAGAACGGAAUCCAUCUAAGGUUCUUCCAGUUGUGGUUGUCAGCAAGCAGCAUUCUGCUUCAAUCAAAGCAACCAUGUUUGGUAAUGCUGUUGUAAAGUUGCCUGGGAUACUCAGAGGAACUUGUCCCAGGGAGGUUUUUUCACUUCUUCAAAGAACUUUUGAAUUUAAGUUCUCUGGUUGAAUUUGCUCUCCCUUGAGCAAAACUCUGGUCCUCAAGAUUCUCUCUCUGUUGGCUCUGAGGCCAUUUUAUAACACAGGCCUCCUGUGGAACUGCAGGUCCACCGCCUGCUUCCUAUCUCAUCUGCACCUCUGUGUAGUAGUAAAUUAAACCACAAGUGAAACAUUAAAUUAUUUUGAUUGAACAGUUCCAAAGGAUUAGAUGUUCAGUCUCUUAAAUAACAGGUUGUGGGUAGAAAAGUUCUACGUAAAGUCCUAUUUUCUUCAUGCUGUCUAUCCUCAGAGAGGCCAUCUUCCGAUUUAUUGUCCUUGCACAACUUUGGCAAAUACUUUAAAAAUAACCAUUGUGGAGAUGGGGAGUGAUCUAAGUGGAUAAUAGCACUUGCUUUGCAAACAUGAAGAGCUGGGUGCAAACUCUUAGUGUCCCUGCAAAAAAAGAUGGGUGUGGCUGAGUGUACCUGUAACACAGAGACAGACAGGUCCUGAGACCUUCCUCCUUAGCCUUCCCAGCCUGGCAUAAAUGUCAAGUCCCCCUGAGAAUGACAGAGGAAGACACUCCCCUCCACACGCACAUAGUAAUACACAUACACAUGCAUAUAAAAAAAAACAUUGUAUCAUUGCAUAACAAAGAACAUCAACUGCCCAGCUCAAAACUCUGAUGGCCCAUUACCCUGUACCUUUCUGUAUUUAGAUAAUUUACAGUGAAGUCCUGUUGCUCCAUGUAUCCUAUGUUGUGUUACUAACUUAUAUCAAAGUAUUUCUAAUUAUAAUCAACAAAAGC